AGCAGAAGGUCAUCUGCAGCAUGCCUGAUGAGUCUCUGUCUGUAACCCAACUCACUGAAGGAACAAAAGGCCACAGAAGUCAUGACCUUUUAGCUGAAGGGAGAGACAGAAGUUCAAAGAAAAGACUGGGAUUCCACUCUCUGACGUGCUACACUUGUGAGAAUGGGAACUGUAAGACCCCAACUGUUUGCCCAGACACAAGCAAUUACUGCAAGACAGUUUCAACAGGUACAGAUUUUUCAGUCUUCACGUGCACCUGUUAGGAGUUUUGCGUGCCUGAAGUGAACGUCCACUGUUGUAAUACUGAUCUAUGUGACUGAUGUUCCCUCAACAUAACCUUGUUCAUUUACCGUCUGCUUAUAUAGUCAAAUAAUGCUCACUGUAAUCAUAACAGUACAAAGAUCAAUGUGUUACUGGAGGUGGUGGUUAUAUUUAAAACCUGCUGUCAGGACUUUUUUCCAUUCUGACUCAAUAUAAUUUGUUUUUACACAACGUGCGCUGCUUGGGAAAAUGUCUAGUCCUAAAUCUGACUGAUUUAUAAACGAAACAAAAACUAUUAGAAAAAUGAUGUGUGUGUUUGUGUAAAGAGAAGUAUCAGAGAUGUGUAUGUCAUGUAGAGUUGAUAUGAAGCAUCUGCAAUUUUUUCUGAUUACGAGAAGCAGGAUGUGCAUUUGGCAGAUGCUUUGAUCCAAAGUGGCAUAAAGCGCAUUCAAUAUAUACAUAUUUUCUCUAAAAAUGUUGGUUUUAGACAAAAUGCAAUUGUUGGUAAAUGUCGGUUGCAGAUAAAUUACUGCAUGUAAUUGUCUGUAACAUGCAUAAAUGAAUAAUGUUCUGCAUGGGUGUUUUGUAUGCUUUUUAAAUGUUAUGAAACUUACUAAAUAUUAUUUACAUGUUACAAAAACAAUGGAACAGAGAUGUUAUUGUCAACCCAGCAUUGGGUCAAAAAAAAUUAUAUUUGACCUAACAAUCGGUUAAAACAACCUAGCAUACUCUGUAAAAAAAUGCAGUGUUGUGCAAGUCAAUUCAACAUACUACUUUAAAUGUUGUAAUAUCUUGUAAUAAGUUGACAAAACUUAUAAAAACAAGUUGAAAUUGUUUAACUUAAUUUGUUAAGUUAAAAUAACAUACAUUUACACAUUUGGCAGAUGGUUUUAUCCAAAAUGACCUACGGUACAAGGUGUACAUUUUAGCAGUGUGUUCCCUGGGUUC